UGAGAAAUUUAGAAAUUAAAAACAUCCCAACCCAAGCAACAAGACAAGAAAUUCACGUUUUCUCGCGUUUUCUCAAUCUUGUGUUUCGUUUUCCAAUUUUCAAUUCCGAUUUCCACAUUUCAGCUUAGCCUCGAAGAACUGGAGUCGGAGUCAGUUGAAAUUUUGUCAAAUCUGUUUAAUUCGUUCUCGCUGUACAGUUCAUAAAAUCACAAAAAUGAGUUUGGUCAUUCCGGAUAAAUUUCAACACAUCUUGCGAGUGAUGAACACGAACAUCGAUGGUAAAAUUAAGAUCAUGUUUGCGAUGACCGCUAUCAAAGGUAUUGGAAGGCGUUUUUCUAACGUAGUGUUGAAAAAAGCAGAUGUGGAUUUGGAUAAGAGAGCCGGCGAAUGCUCCGAUGAAGAGGUUGAGAAAAUAAUCACGAUCAUGACCAACCCCCGCCAAUAUAAAAUUCCAGAUUGGUUUCUCAAUAGGCAGAAAGAUAUCGUAGAUGGAAAAUAUUCUCAAUUGGCUUCUUCUAAUUUAGACAGUAAACUCCGUGAAGAUUUAGAAAGAUUGAAGAAAAUUAAGGCUCACAGAGGUCUUCGUCAUUAUUGGGGUUUGAGAGUACGUGGACAACAUACAAAAACCACUGGUCGACGUGGUAGAACUGUCGGUGUAUCGAAAAAAAAGUAACUUGUAACCUUGGAUUAUUAUUCAAAUAUAAUUUUAUAUUGUU